AGCCAGACAGAUGGUGGCUGAGGGUCAGGAAAGACCCCAUUUCUGUCUGAAAUGUCUACAAAGGGGUUGGGUCUGCCCCUACCUCAGACCUAAAGAAAUGACAGCCAGGUUCCAGGGGAGGGCAGUUCCACUUCCUGUGUGGCUGCAGAUGACAAAACCCCAUAAGAAGGACCCAGCCUCCGAGUGGCCACACCCCAUGUCUCUGUCCUGCCAGCACCGAGGGCUCAUCCAUCUGCAGAGCAGAGCAGUGGGAGGAGACGCCAUGACCCCCAUCCUCACGCUCCUGAUCUGUCUCGGGCUGAGUCUGGGCCGGAGGACCUGUGUGCAGGCAGGCACCCUCCCCAAACCCACCCUCUGGGCUGAGCCAGACUCUGUGAUCACCCAGGGGAGUCCCAUGACCCUCAGGUGUCAGGGGAGCCUGGAGACCCAGGAGUACCGUCUAUAUAGAGAAGAAAAAACAGCACCCUGGAUUACACGGAUCCCACAGGAGCUUGUGAAGAAGGGCCAGUUCCCCAUCCCAUCCACCACCUGGGAGCACGCAGGGCGGUAUCGCUGUAUCUAUGGUAACCACACGGCAAGCCGGUCAGAGCCCAGCGACCCCCUGGAGCUGGUGGUGACAGGAGCCUACAGAAAACCCACCCUCUCAGCCCUGCCCAGCCCUGUGGUGGCCUCAGGAGGGAACGUGACCCUCCAGUGUGUCUCACGGGUGGCAUUUGACGGCUUCAUUCUGUGUAAGGAAGGAGAAGAUGAACACUCACAAUGCCUGAACUCCCAGCCCCGUACCCGUGGGUCAUUCCAGGCCGUCUUCUCCGUGGGCCCCGUGAGCCCGAGUCGCAGGUGGUCGUACCGGUGCUAUGGUUAUGACUCACGCUCUCCCUAUGUGUGGUCUUUACCCAGUGAUCUCCUGGAGCUCCUGGUCCCAGGUGUUUCUAAGAAGCCGUCACUGUCAGUGCAGCCGGGUCCUGUCGUGGCCCCUGGGGAGAAACUGACCCUCCAGUGUGGCUCUGAUGCCGGCUACAACAGAUUUGCUCUGUACAAGGAGUGGGGACGUGACUUCCUCCAGCGCCCUGGCCGGCAGCCCCAGGCUGGGCUCUCUCAGGCCAACUUCCCCCUGGGCCCCGUGAGCCGCUCCUACGGGGGCCAGUACAGAUGCUCCGGUGCACACAACCUCUCCUCCGAGUGGUCGGCCCCCAGUGAUCCCCUGGACAUCCUGAUCUCAGGACAGAUCCGUGCCAGACCCUUCCUCUCAGUGCAGCCGGGCUCCACGGUGGCCUCAGAAGAGAACGUGACCCUGCUGUGUCAGUCACAGGGAUGGAUGCACACUUUCCUUCUGACCAAGGAGGGAGCAGCUGAUCCCCCCCUGCGUCUAAAAUCAAAGCGCCAAUCUCAUAAGUACCAGGCUGAAUUCCCCAUAAGUCCUGUGACCUCAGCCCAUGCGGGGACCUACAGGUGCUACGGCUCACUCAGCUCUAACCCCUACCUGCUGACUCACCCCAGUGACCCCCUGGAGCUCGUGGUCUCAGGAGCAGCUGAGACCUUCAGCCCACCACAAACCAAGUCCGACUCCAAGGCCGGAGCAGCUGAGACCCUCAGCCCAUCACAAAACAAUUCAGACCCCAAGACUGCCUCAUUCCCCCAGGAUUACACACUGGAGAAUCUCAUCCGCAUGGGCAUGGCUGGCUUGAUCCUGGUGGUCCUCGGGAUUCUGUUAUUUGAGGCUCAGCACAGCCAGAGAAGCCCCUAAAAUGCAGCCGGGAGGUGAACAGCAGAGAGGACAAUGCACCCCUCAGAGUGGGAGCCUUGGGAAUAGAUCUGGUGAUCCCAGGAGGUUCCGGGAGACAAUUUAGGGCCAAUGGUAUCUGGACUGUCUGCCGAUCAUUUCCAGAAGGAGGAAUCAGUGUUGGAUUGCAGAGACAUUUUCCGGGGUGAUCCAUGGAGGACCAUUAACAUGUGAUACCUUUCCUCUCUAUUAAUGUUGACUUCCCUUGGUUGGAUCCCCUUCUUUUCCCACCCCCAGACAUGAGGCUACAUCCCACACGGCAGUGUUGGGUCCACAGCUCUGCACACCUGCGUGCUCUGGUCCAUGGCGCGUAACACAGUCUUCUUUAUUCCUCAUUGCCACACUCCCUGGUGUGCUUUACUGAGCCUCCAUCUCUUCAGUUCAGAGUUCCAAACACGCUUCAGUAACUAAAUCAAUGAGGGAAAUAUCGGAUUUCCACCAGGAAAAGAUAAAUCCACCCUGAUGCCCUGACACCCUCUCUGAACCCUGUGAGCCCUUCCCUCCUUCUCAGAUGCUACCUGUGCAGCUUCUCCUCAGAUCAUUGUGUAACCAUCACUGCCAUCCUGUUCCACACAUUGUCAUCACCCUACACCGAGUCAGCAGCCACCCCCCAUUCCUUCCUCCCUCCAGCACCUGCUAACCACGAGUGUGCUUUCUGUCUCUAUGGCUUUGCCUAUUCUUGCUGAAAACAUUUCAAUCUGCCUAUGAUCUGUGAGCUCCUCACUCCGAGACUCCCUGCCUUUCCAGGAAGAACCAAAGUACCCCAUGUCAAAAGCAAUGAUAGGCGUUUGCAGUGCGUUGGUGAUCCACGAAAGGAAAAUCACAGAAGUAGAAUAGAAAUCCAGCUGCAGACAAGACCUCAGGUCAAUGAAUCUUGUCAAGCAGUUGAACUGUUUCUUUCUACUCACCUAGGACAGUCAGACAGAAGUAUGCAAAAGGACUGGGGCUGAUUCUUUUCUGAAUUGUCCCAAAACAGCAAGAGAACUUGAGUCCUAGCACUAAAG